AUGACGCCCUUGAAGAUUGUCGUGUCCGGAGCUGCUGGUCAAAUCGCAUACUCGCUCCUGCCUCUCAUCUGUAUUGGUCACGUGUUUGGCCCAACCAAGCGUGUAGAUCUGCGUCUUCUCGACAUUCCACCGGCUCAAGAGGCACUAGAAGGUGUUAAAAUGGAGCUGCAGGACUGUGGAUUUAAUCUUGUCGAUACUAUCACUUCUACCUCGGAUCUAGAAACUGCGUUUCAGGAUGCAGAGAUUGCAAUUCUCGUUGGUGGGUUUCCACGUAAACAAGGCAUGCAACGUAAGGACUUGAUUGAAAAGAAUGUGGCUAUCUUUAAAGCACAAGGUGAAGCAAUUGAUAAGUAUGCUAGUCGCAAUAUUAAGGUCCUUGUGGUGGCUAAUCCAGCUAAUACGAACUGCCUGAUUGCCAUGGAGAAUGCACCUAGCAUUCCACGCACGAACUUCUCGGCCCUUACGCGUCUUGAUCACGAACGUUUGCGCUCGUUCCUUGUGGAGAAGAUUAAUGAAACUCAGGCUAGUAACAAAAUUACGUCAAAGGAUGUGAAAAAGGUCAUUAUUUGGGGCAAUCACUCGAGUACCCAAGUGCCGGACGUUACCCAUGCUGAGAUUAGGCUAUCCGGUGCAAGCACAAACAAACCACUUGACAAGAUUGUUUCAGACAAGGACUGGGUUGAGAAUAAACUUGUGAAGGACGUACAGGAGCGUGGCGCGGCCAUCAUUAAGGCCCGCAAACUCUCAAGCGCCAUGUCGGCUGCUGCAGCGAUUGGUGCGCACCUACGUGACUGGCUCAACGGCUCGAAGGAAUGCGAGUUUGUGUCUAUGGCUAUCUGUUCGGACGGGAACACGUACGGUGUGCCCGAGGGUCUUAUCUACUCGUUUCCGGUCAAGUGCAUGGGCAACGGCACGGUCGAGGUUGUCAAAGGACUCGCUAUAUCGUCUCGUAUCGAUGCUAUGAUGAAAGCUACUGCCAAGGAGCUAAUUGAGGAGAAGGCCGAUGCUGUGGAGAUUCUUUCACGCUAG